GUGCGCGCUGCCCGCUCGCGCUCCUGGCCGGCUAGCCCCCGGGGCCCGCAGCCACCGCGGAUCCGGGCCCGUUCGGCCCCUCCCAUGCAAGGUGCUCGGGUCUUCGGAGCCCUGGGUCCCAUCGGGCCCUCCUCGCCCGGGCUUGCCCUUGGGGGCCUGGCUGUGGGCGAGCACCGGCUCAGCAACAAGCUGCUGGCCUGGAGCGGCGUCCUCGAGUGGCAGGAGAAGCGCAGACCCUACUCGGACUCCACGGCAAAGCUGAAGCGGACCCUGCCCUGCCAGGCCUAUGUGAACCAGGGCGAGAACCUGGAGACUGACCAGUGGCCACAGAAGCUCAUCAUGCAGCUCAUCCCGCAGCAGCUGCUGACCACCCUGGGCCCCCUGUUCCGCAACUCGCAGCUGGCGCAGUUCCACUUCACCAACAGAGACUGUGACUCCCUCAAGGGGCUGUGCCGCGUCAUGGGCAAUGGCUUCGCGGGGUGCAUGCUCUUCCCCCAUAUCUCCCCCUGCGAGGUGCGCGUGCUCAUGCUCCUGUACUCGUCCAAGAAGAAGAUCUUCAUGGGCCUCAUCCCCUACGACCAGAGCGGCUUCGUCAACGCCAUCCGGCAGGUCAUCACCACGCGCAAGCAGGCAGUGGGCCCCGGGGGCGUCGCAGGCCCGGUUCAGAUCGUCAACAACAAGUUCCUGGCCUGGAGCGGAGUCAUGGAAUGGCAAGAGCCCAGGCCUGAGCCCAACAGUCGCUCCAAGAGGUGGCUGCCGUCCCACGUCUACGUGAACCAAGGGGAGAUCCUGAGGACCGAGCAGUGGCCGAGGAAGCUGUACAUGCAGCUCAUCCCGCAGCAGCUGCUGACCACGCUGGUGCCGCUGUUCCGGAACUCACGCCUGGUGCAGUUCCACUUCACCAAGGACCUGGAGACGCUCAAGAGUCUCUGCCGGAUCAUGGACAACGGCUUCGCCGGCUGCGUGCACUUCUCCUACAAGGCGUCCUGCGAGGUGCGCGUGCUCAUGCUCCUGUACUCGUCGGAGAAGAAGAUCUUCAUCGGCCUCAUCCCCCACGACCAGAGCAACUUCGUCAGCGGCAUCCGGCGGGUCAUCGCCAACCAGCAGCAGGUCCUGCAGCGGAACCUGGAGCAGGAGCAGCAGCAGCGCGGGAUGGGGGGGUAGCGGCCAACCCCAGGCUGGGCCCCUCCAGGAGUCACAGACGAGGCCCCCGCCAAAACUGGUCAGAUGCUUCUGAGCAGGGGCCCCUGGGAUGGCAGCUGCCCAGCAAGACGGAGGACCGCGUGGUGAGAUGUCGCCGAGGCCGGCCUCCAGCCCUGUACGUUUCCCCAAUAAAGUCUUUUAAAAGCCGUUGGCCGCCA